GUCAUUGGGUGUAACUGCAGGCAACAUGGCGGCUCCCGUAAGGAUGCUAUGUUUCCCCGCGUUAAAACACUGCGGCCGAAGUUUGAGCACGACGCGAGGAGCUCAAGCUGGAGAAAAGUGGAGGAAAGAGCAUGGACUUGCACGCAGUGGCACCGAAUAUGGACCGCUGACUGAUCUACCUGAUUGGUCUUUUGCAGAUGGCAGGCCGGCACCUCCAAUGAAGGGCGCGUUGAGGAGAAGGCGGGAGAGGGAAGAAUUAGCGCGGCGCAUCGUCAUGCUCGAUUCCGAGGUAGACCGAGGCAUCGAGUCGUGUCGGAAGAGGGAGGAGGAAGCUCGAAGGAUCGAGGAGCACAAAAAGUCUCUGCUGCUCAAACCUAAAGGGCAGCUGCUAAAGAAGAACAAGGAGCCUCACAGUUAGAAGCAGCCUGGUAAAUAACAACUCCCCCCAAUUAUGUUAUUGUCAAUGUCCAGUUAUGUGUGGCAUUUUAAUGGAAUAAAUGAUUUCUA